AUGGCCGAGGCAUUCGACACCAACCUGCUGCAAGAGUCUCUCCAGCUCCCUUUCCCUGUAUCCACCAAGCAGGUGGCGGGGAUUGUCAAUGGGAUCCAGACCGAUGUUAUGGUCAUGGGCUUCAGCGAUAAGAUCUUGAUUACCAUUUCGCAAGAAGGCCGGUUGGCGCACUGGCUGCAUGUGCCCCUUGAGAAUCGAAACCCAGGGACUGAUGGCAUGCACACCAUAUCCGAGGUUGACGGUGACGGUCUUUUGCCUCUGAGUAAUUUGACGGCAACUUCAUUAUUGGGUGGCCAUGCUCCCGGACAUGAUACCGUUGGCCAACUGUAUGCUCGCCAAAUUGCAAGUGCCAUUGCCACCAAAACACCAGAUGAAAAACGCUUGCUUGUUCUUGGCCUCGGACUUGUCACAGCGGAUGCAGACCGAGAUGUCUUCUUUGCCAUUAUCGACCUAGUUUUGCAGUGUAUCUGA